GUGGUGAGGAGAGGCGCUAAGGGCUUCCUGCUGUCAUGGGGGCACAGGAUCGUCCACAGUGCUUCUUUGAUAUAGAAAUCAAUCGAGAGCCAGUUGGUCGUAUCAUAUUUCAACUUUUCUCUGAUGUGUGUCCAAGGACUUGCAAAAACUUUCUCUGCCUAUGUACAGGUGAAAAGGGAAUUGGGAAAACAACUGGAAAAAAGCUGUGCUAUAAAGGCUCAACAUUUCACCGUGUGGUUAAAAACUUCAUGAUUCAAGGUGGAGACUUCAGUGAAGGUAAUGGAAAAGGAGGUGAAUCUAUUUAUGGAGGAUAUUUUAAAGAUGAAAACUUUGUUCUGAAACAUGAUAGAGCAUUCCUUUUGUCAAUGGCAAACAGAGGGAAACAUACCAAUGGUUCCCAGUUUUUCAUAACUACAAAGCCUGCUCCUCAUCUUGAUGGUGUACAUGUUGUCUUUGGACUGGUUAUUUCUGGUUUUGAAGUAAUAGAACAAAUAGAAAAUCUGAAAACUGAUACUGCCAGUAGGCCUUAUGCAGAUGUGCGAGUUAUUGACUGUGGGGUGCUGGUUACAAAAUCAGCAAAGGAUGCGUUGGAGAAGAAAAGAAAGGUGUCGACUCACUCAGACGCUUCAGAUACCUCGACCAGCAGCUCAUCUACUUCAUCAGAAUCCUCUUCUGACAGUGAAUCUGAAAAUGAGAGAAGCAGAAAGAGAAAACGCAAAAGGAGAACUAAAGCUAAACAGUCAAGGAAGCGAAGGAGGGAAGAAAGGAAGAAAGAGGAGCCGAAGACCAAACGGACAUCAGGCCAAAGAAGCCACUCUGACAGAAGCGAAGCAAAUGAAAAAUCAGUGGACUUGAAUGCAAAAAGAGACAAACCUGUUGUCCGUCCUGAAGAAAUUCCUCCAGUGCCUGAAAACAGAUUCUUGCUUAGAAGAGACGCACCAGUUAUAAAUACAGAGCCUGAGCCGAAGCCUCUCGAUGUAGCACCAGUUUUGACAGACCAGAAGCCCUCGGUAUCUAAAUCUGGAAGAAAAAUCAGAGGGAGAGGCACAAUACGAUACCAUACGCCGCCUCAUUCUCGCUCAUGUUCAGAAUCUGAUAAUGAUGGGAGCAGUGAAACUCCCCCACAUUGGAAAGAGGAAAUGCAGAGAUUAAGAGCCUACAGGCCACCAAGUGGAGAAAAAUGGAGUAAAGGGGACAAGUUGAGUGAUCCAGGAAAAUGGGAUGAAAGAAGUCUGUCCCAGAGGUCAAGAUCUUGGUCUCAUAAUGGCUAUUCGGAUAUAAGUAGCGCAAAAUAUGUUGGCCACCACAAAAAACACCAUAAAGAUAAAAAGGCAAAGCACAAAAAGAAGACCAAAAAGCAAAAACACAUCAAGAAGCACAAGCAAAUUAAAAAAAGGAGAUUAUCGUCUUCAACAGAGAUAGAAUCUCCUCAUUCUUCAACUAGAAGGACAAAGUCACCUUCUGAUCAUGAUAGGGUGUCUCGCUCUUCCUCACUGACUUCUAGGGAUGACUCAUCUAGGAGAGGCUGGUCUAAAUCUGAGAGAGAUAAGCAGAGCUCAUUAUCUCUGUCAAGCAGAGACUCUCGGUCAUACUACAGGUCCAGAUCUAGAUCCAGAUCCAGAUCUUAUUCCAGACGAAGUUCUAGAUCAAGAAUUGCUUAUAAGUCCUCUCGGUCUAGGAGCAGAUCAAGAUCUAGUUCCACCUCCAAGCAUCUGAAGAUGGUAUCCAGUCCACCCAAAAAUGCUGCAUCUCAUUUAAAUGAGCGCAAACCAGUUAAGGUUGAACCUGUAAGAACAGCGAUAACGCAGAACGAUCAAGUCGUGAUACAACCUGUUGUUGCUGAAAGCAUUCCAGUCAUACCCCUAAGUGACAGUCCACCGCCUUCUAGAUGGAAACCUGGGCAAAAGCCAUGGAAACCAUCCUAUGAGCGAAUUCAGGAAAUGAAAGCAAAGACCACUCACUUAAUACCUACUCAAACUACUUACAAUAUAGUAAGUGUCAAGGACCCUGGCUCAUCCUCUUCAUACCAUAAGCGACGAAAGAGUUCCGAUAGCGACCAGAGCGGUUAUUCCAAAAAUCGGAGUGACAGAAGUUCAGGCAGUUGGCGAAGGUCUAGGAGCAGGACAUCUAGAAGUAGAUCCUACUCAAAGUCUUACUCAAGGUCAAGAAGUCCAUCCAGUUCAAGAUCUCGAUCUCAAUCAACAGUCAGAUCCCGUUCAGCAAAUAAAUUCCUCAGUGACCAGUCAUGCUACAGUGGGUCAUCGUCUUAUUUUUCUCUAAGUGAGGAUGACCGACAGAAAAGCAAAAUGAAAUCUGAAUCCAGAGAGAGAAAUUUACAGUUGUCAAAGAAAAGGCAAAGUAGUUCUGACAGCACACUGCCUUACGUAAAAGAUGCAACUUCUCAGAAACGCAGAGAGAGUGCAAGUAGAUCCUCUUUGGACUUCUCCACAGAUAGUGAGCAAUUGGCUAAACCCCAGCCAGUCCAAGAAAAAGGGCAGUUACUGCCUGAAAAAGCUAACCGGAAGCAAAAUAAAAACAGCUCAGCUUGUGAUGGGUAUGAAGAGAAGCCUAGGUCUGAGUGGAAUAGCGACCGCUCAAAAAAAAGAGCUUUGAAGGAGAAAUCUGAGUCUCCAAAGAGCAGCCGGAAAGCAAAAAGAAAAAUGCGCGCUGGGAGCACGUGUGACUCUGAGUCAAAUUCAGAAAAAGGUAGAGACAGAAACAGUAAAGGAGAUUCAAGGUUAUCUUCUAGUAAGGAGGAAGGUGAAGCCACGUCGGACUCAGACACGGAUCUCAGCCUUGCCAAAUGUAAGACAAGAUUAGAUUCCUCAGGUGUACUAAAGGCAAACAAGCCGUCCUCCCUUUCUGAGACAGAGAGCUCCCGUUCCAAUUCAGGCGCUAGGGGGAAAUCAAGAAAACAAAAGCAUGGUUCCAAAAAGAACCUGAAAAAAUCACAUUCCAAAAAGGCUAAAGAGAAAUCCAAGGGUAAAAAAGAGAAGAAGCAUAAGGCUCAAAAGCAAAAGGAAAUGUUUCAUUGGCAGCCUCCGCUGGAAUUUGGUGAGGAAGAAGAAGAGGAAGAAGAAAUUGCUGUAAAGCCAGGAACCAAUGACGAGAGAGACAAGCAAGUCACCACUGCUGUUAAAGAUAAAAAGCAGGAUUCUGAAAAUAAAGUGGUCAAAGAUCAAACAAGGGAUGAUGAAAAGCUCCAUGAAGACAAUAUGCUAUCAGAUGAAACUGCAGGCCGUGAAUCACCCGCUAACCAACUUGGUAAAGUUAAUGAGGAACCAAAUACUUCAGCCCAUGCUUUAAAUGUAGAUGAAAAUGUGGAUGUUUCAGAAAGUGCUGUUUCUGCCAAAGUGAAUACUGGAAACGAGGUAGAUGUUCCCCAGAUAGAUGAUAUGGAGAUCUGUACUCCAGAUCACAGUUCGCCUGUAAAGGUUGAUGUGGAACUUUCUCCAUUAGGUCUGAAGGUGAACUUCCAGGACAUUAAAGUUAGUAAAAACACAGAUGACACAAGUAAUCCUGAAGCAGAGACUGUAAAACAAGGAAUCGAUACUAGAGAAUUGACAGGUAUCAAAGAAGGCAGCAGAGAAAGGGACAAACAAAGACAUAAACCCACCACAACAGUUGCUGCCGUGGAAAGCGUGCCGAAAACUGAAAUAGCUGAAAAUGCCCAAAGUAUCAUAAUGGACAAUAAAUGGAAACCAUUACAGGGUGUAGGGAAUUUACAGGUUGCAUCUGCAGUUGCGGCUAGCAAUUCCUUAGAAGCCAAAAACGUGGCCUCGUCAUCGGAAUCAAAACCACAAGUUUUGAGGAUAGAAAUUAAAAGCAAAAACAAAAUUAGACCAGGUUCUCUGUUUGAUGAAGUAAGAAAAACUGCCCGGCUUAAUCGAAGACCAAGGAACCGUGAGAGCUCUAGUGAGGAGGAUUCUCCCACACGGGAGAACAGCCAGUCGAGGACCCGCAGCCGGUCGCGAAGCAAGUCAGACCCUAAAUCCAGGCACAGGACAAGAUCCCUUUCCUAUAGUCACUCGAGAAGUCGAUCAAGAAGCUCCACGUCUUCGUACAGGUCACGGAGCUACACGCGAAGCCGGAGCAGGGGAUGGUACAGCAGAGGUCGCUCAAGAAGUCGAAGUAGUUCCUAUCAUAGUGGCAGGAGCCAUAGUCGCACCUACAGUAGAAGUCGGUCCAGAAGCAGUUCUUACGACCACCGGAGUCGAUCAAGCAGGUCCUACACCUAUGACAGUUACUACAGCAGGAGUCGUAGUCGAAGCAGAAGUAAAAGGAGUGACAGUUACCACAGAUCGCGCAGUUAUGACAGACGGUCCAGAUCAUACGGUUCUGACAGUGAAAGUGACCGCAGUUAUUCUAAUAACCGAAGCCCCAGUGAAAGCAGCAGAUACAGCUGAAAGCGUACUCUUGAAAAUAUUGAUUGUAUUUAACAGGAGACUAUUAUUAUUGUUGUUGUUGUUAUUAUUAUUAUUAUUAUUUUACAUCAAUACUGUGUGUGAAACUUCUUUGUUCUCAAUGCUCCAAGUAAACUGCAGAUGCCUAGUGAAGUGAGGCCUUACUUACAACUUUGAGCACAACUUUUUUCUUAUGCUCUACAAUGGCAGCCAUCUUCUGUUUCCUGGAGUUAGAUUUCCAAACUAUGAGAUCGCAUUUGUGCGGACUUGGAUUUGCAGGUAUCCUUGUGGCUUGAGAGAGAACUGCUGUAUCAGGAUAAUCUCUUGGAUGACAGAUGGCUUCUAGCCUGUUCUCAACCAAUAUGCUGGCAACCAUGAAACUGUGAAGAAUAGGACUAUUAAAAGUCUACCUUCUGUGUAGUUAACUUAAAAAGUUUACCUUAAACACUGAUAUAUCAGUUCAGUGGUAUCUUGUACAUUCAUGGUAUAAGCCUAUGCACAUACCCAGCUGGAUAAAGAGAAUUAAGGUAGGCCUUCUGUCUCGGCUUGUGCUGAUCCGUUUCACAUUGUACUUUGCCACUGCAGAGUCCAUACAAGGUGAGUUUUUCAUACAAUACAAUAUAUAAUACUUAGAUGGAGGUGCUAGGCUUGUAGCUUUUUCUUGAACAUGUUAAAACAUGCAUCACCAUGUAUGUCAAGACUAUAAAAAUAAUACCAAACUGUUCCAUUUCAAUUCUGUAUCCAUGCUAAGGAUGCAGGAAUAAUGUCCUUGCUACUUCCUGUAUUUGGAAGAGCAGAUCUAAAGAAAACGUUUGACAUGUUUAGUCUGUGUGCUUGCUCACCCUUAAGCACUGGACAUAAGUUCACUUGGGGGCCUUUUGCCCAACCACACUGCAGUGACUGAGACUUGUACUAGAGAGGUUGUUGUUGAAUUUUCCCACCGUCUUCUGGCUUCGAAUUCUGUCACGUGUUGAUGUGCUAAUAUUGUUAAAAUUUUAUACUGUCGCUAUCAAACAAAGAGAGACAUAGGAAUUCACUUUCAGUAGAGUCUUGACAAUGACAGCAAACUCUCUUGGUAAACAAAAACUCAUUUUCGACUCCAAAGUACCGAAUUUUGUUCUAGUGCUUUGAUUCAGCAGAUAAAAAUGCAUUUGUAAAUCAAAAUUUCAAUAUAUACGUAAUUUUCAUAUUGAAUAAUGCCCCCUUUUUUUUACAGCAGAAAAAGCCCUCUGAUAACUGGAUAUGAAAGUAGGGGGGAAUUGCUGACUGUAUCUGUAGUGGUGAUAUUGAAUUUGUUAACUUUCUAUAAUUUUGAGAUGCUGUACAUUUCGUAAAUGUUUUUUUAAAAAAAUAGGUAUGUUAUUUGUCAGGAGACAAAAGCUGUACAUUAUAAAAUGCAUUUUUUUCCUUUGCAAUUAAAAAUGAAUCAUUUAAGUA